AAAAAAGACUGGUCACCUGUGAUCUGGUUUAAAGGUGCUACCCCGAGGAAUUCUUUCCACAUGUGGGUAUCUCAUCUGAACAGACUCCCCACUCGCUCUCGGAUGAUCUCCUGGGGUCUGCAGGUUUCUCCACUUUGUUGCUUAUGUGCAACGAGUGAUGAGACUCGAGACCACCUCCUGCUUACUUGUAACUUCAGCGAAUCAAUUUGGAACCUUGUGCAGUCCAGACUAAGACUUACUCCACUUCAAUUUCGAGACUGGGAAAGUCUUCUCUCCUGGAUCAAGCUCAGCACGGCCUCUUCUCCGUCGGUGCUCCGGAAAAUUGUCUCUCAACCCACCAUCUACGCUAUCUGGAAGCAGAGAAACAAUGUUCUCCAUAAUUCUCAAGUCAUCCCACCAGCUGUUGUUUUCAAGACCAUCAACCGAGAGAUCAUCAACACCAUCCAUGCUAGAAACCAUCGCAGGAAAUUCAAGAAGCUGUUGAGUCUCUGGAUUAUCUGAAGUUUGCAUCAACCGGUUCAAGCUUUUCACUCUAACUUUGCUUCCUUGUUUUUUAUUUUAUUUUU